CCCUGGCAGGCUCAGCACCCCAGGGUGACAGGGAGUCAUACAAUGCAGUGAUAUUUCUGCUGUAUGUGUGAGGGUGUUGGAUCACUGAGCCGUUCUGCUUCUGUAUGCCACCUGGGAGCACUUGUUGCGCUCUCCUGCCACAAAGAAAAGGAGGAAACUACAAGCAAGUCUUAGCAAAUCCUCUCAAGAUGCAAAAGUGCAACUGUCUGCUAUUGGUAUCUCUAGUCCUGUGUGCUACAAUCUCACAGACAUUCGGACUAGUUUUAACAGGAAAAGAAAAGCGUGGCUGGACGCUGAACAGUGCGGGAUACCUUCUAGGGCCACAUGCAGUAGAUAAUCAUAGAUCUUUCAGUGACAAGCAUGGAGCUGGAAAGAGAGAUCUUCUUGUAGAAGAGGACACAAAGUCAGGCAACUUUAUAAGAACCUUGGCUGAUGAAAAUGUUCUCCGCACACUGAUUGAGUUUCUGACUUACCUACAUCUGAAAGAUUCUGGAGCACUGGACAACUUAAAUCCACCCAUGUCAUCAGAAGAAACGAAUCAGUAACAAAGAUGUUGAACAAUUUGUAAUUGAUUGUAUAGCAAUGACAUUUUCAGUAUGAACAUAAUUAUCCAAAAUGUUUAUUACUUUCAUGUAAUGUUCCGACUGUUGCACUUAUAAAUAUAUACCUAUGAUAAAACAGUGUAUUUUUGCUUAAGGUAAGCUAUACAAUAAAAAAUUGC